UGUCAAUGAACGAUGUGGAGCUGAGCUUCAGCAGAAGCGCGAGCGACGGAGUUCGUCAUUCCUCUCAGUCCGCGGGAGCGCCGUUAACGCGCUGCAGGUGACGCAAACCGAGCGAUGCUCCACUGUCCAUCCUCAUGAAAGCGACAAACGUGCGUCUUCCUUUGGAAACAGCGUGAUUUGGGAAUAGACUGUCCCGUUGGAUCGCUGUGAAGCUUCAGAAUGAAAUCCUUCAAAUAUCCUUCAAAUCCUCUCCUGGAACUAACCGUCAUCUGUCUGUUCAUUCAAAACUCCAGGAUGGAGACCGAAGCAGCAUCCAUGAUGGCUGGCAGGGCAGUGACAGAAAACUGCCCUUUGGGUCAGUUCCCUUGUGGAAACAUGAGUGUGUGUUUGCCUCAGGUCCUUCAGUGCAAUGGCCACAGGGACUGCAAGAACGGAGCAGAUGAGGAACACUGUGGGGACAACAGUGGAUGGGCGGAUAUCUUUGACCGCACUAUAAAAAAGGCAGAGCCACAGGACCUUCCUAAUGACUGCUUUGUGCAGCAGUAUCCAGAGAGCUGUGAUUGCAUUAAGACCGAGGUGGAAUGUGUUGACGUCAACUUGCAUGUUGUACCAAUCCUCUCCUCCAAUGUGACUUGGUUAUCCCUGAAGAACAAUAAGAUCAGGAAUUUGGAUGAUUACACCUUCUCCAAAUACACACAACUGCAGAGGCUGAUUAUUGGUGUGAUGUUUUUAUCAGCUGUUGGGACUCUCAUUCUGACGGCACCCACGCAUGGCGAGGAUCCAUUGAUGAGCAAGUUUCUUCAGAACAACGUAAUUCAGAUGGUCUCAAGCUGUGCCUUCAGUGGACUAUACACUCUAGAAAAACUGUUUCUUAGCCAAAACCACAUAAGCUAUUUAGGACCAGGUGUAUUCAGAGAUCUACACAAAUUAGACUGGCUAGUAUUGGAUCACAAUCCAGUUAAAAGUGUCACCUGUGAUACUUUCAUAGGUCUGAGGUCGCUGACAUUUCUAUCAAUGGUAAACACAUCCCUGAUGUGGCUGCCCGAUUCAAGUCUCUGUCAACAUAUGCCCUUGCUCAGGUGGCUGGACUUCGCUGAGAACCACGUUGAGUUCUUGAAUUAUUCCUCUCUGAAGACCUGCACCGAGCUCACAGUGCUAUCACUGCAUGACAAUAAAAUCAAGAUCCUUCCAGAAAACACCUUUCAUUCUCUUGGAUCUUUGGUUGAACUAGAUUUGUCUUGCAACAGAAUUUCCGAUCUUCCUAAAAACACUUUCAGGAGUUUACAAUAUCUGCAGAAACUGAACAUAUCCCAUAAUCCUUCACUCCAUAUUCAUGCCAGCUACUUCGAUCACCUAGUCCAACUCCAGUCUCUAAGUCUGGAGGGCAUUGAGAUUCCUAAAAUAUCCACCAAGAUGUUUCUUCCCAUGGGGAACUUGUCCCACAUAUAUUUUAAGGAUUUUCAGUAUUGUUCCUAUGCCCCACAUGUACGGAAAUGUAAACCUAAUACAGAUGGCAUUUCAUCAGUGGAAGACCUGUUAGCCAGCCAUGUUCUGCGGGUGUCCGUCUGGGUUAUGGCCUUCAUCACCUGCUUCGGGAAUCUCUUUGUUAUCGGAAUGCGCUCCUUCAUUAGAGCAGAGAACAACCUGCAUGCAGCCUGCAUCAAAGUCCUGUGUUUUGCUGACUGUCUGAUGGGAGUCUAUCUUUUCUUCCUGGGGAUAUUUGAUGUGAAAUUUCGGGGCGAAUAUAACCGGAAUGCUCUGAUCUGGAUGGAUAGCGUGGAAUGCCGAACGAUUGGCUUUCUUGCCAUGCUCUCCUCUGAAGUAUCUGUUCUCCUCCUCACCUACUUGACACUAGAGAAGUUCCUAGUCAUCGUCUUCCCGUUUAGCCAUCUGCGGCCUGGGAAGCUGCAGACAGUGUUGGCUCUGGCCUUCAUCUGGAUUCUAGGAUUCGCCAUAGCAGCUGUUCCCUUGCUAAAUGAAGACCUGUUUGGGAACUAUUAUGGGCGAAAUGGAGUUUGUUUUCCUCUGCACUCUGAUAGGCUGGAGAAACCAACAGCCAAAGGAUACUCCACAGGAAUAUUUCUAGGUCUUAAUCUGGUGGCGUUUUUGGUGAUUGUCAUUUCCUACUCCAGCAUGUUCUGUUCCAUUUAUAAAACCGGCAUCAAUGCCACAGAUGUGCGCAGUCGGCUACACAAAGAUGUGGCCGUGGCCAACCGCUUUUUCUUUAUUGUGUUCUCUGAUGCCCUCUGCUGGAUACCCAUAUUUUUGGUCAAAACACUCUCUCUGCUAAAAGUUGAGAUUCCAGGGACAAUAAACUCCUGGGUGGUGAUAUUCAUUCUUCCAAUCAACAGCGCUCUUAACCCCAUCCUCUACACCCUGACCACCAGCUUCUUCAGAGAGCAGGUGGAGCUUCUCCUUUGCCAAUGGCAGCGGCGCUCUUUGUCAAAGAAAGUCCGUAAGAGUCUCACCAGCUCCACCAUCUACAUGGAGCCCUUUCGCAAUGCAGAAUACCCUGCAAAAAUUUCCUUGCCACGACUGUCUUUGACAAACAUGGAUAACCAAUAUGGGUGAAAGAGUCAAUGAGUAAAUGGUUUUAUACUGUAGCCUAUCAUAAUCAUUAUCUGUGUUCAGACAGGAGAAUGACAGUCUUUGCUGAAACAGUUUAGUUGAAGAAUGGAACUGUGAUUCUUGCCGUUUUGGUUCCAGUAUAUAGUGCUCUUUUUAGACACAUGACUCUAGCUUCACUGUUUUCUCCAUUAGGAGAAGUAUUUUUGAUCACUUUAGCUAGACGAGAGCCUCAGACCCCUCCAGCGUCCAUUUCCUUCCUAAACGCCAUGUCUGGCUCACAGCCCCUGAGCUGGGCUUGUUGUUUGUCUCAAAAGCUUUACAAGAAGAAAAUCAAUGACUACAAAACGCAAUGCACAAGACUGUCAGUAUUUACUGCAGAGCACAUCUGAGAGGGAUCCAAAGAACUUUAUAGUAUUAUUUACAUGAAGGGCAUUUGUUUUAUGGAAAUGUUUCGAUAUGUGGUUUUGAGGUUGAAUUUGAGAAGUUAUUUGUAAUAUACAGCAAAGUUUUUUUUAUAUAUAUAUAUUUGUUCUGCCAUUUCACAGAAAAGAAACAUUAAAUGGAAUGCCUCAAAGUUGUUUGGUCAACAAAGUAAAUCAUUCCUGACUGAACAGAAGCAUGCAAACAAGAUAAAGUGGUGCAUAUCAUUCAGUUAUUUUUUUUUCUUUUUUAUAUUUUUUUUACAAUGAUGCGAAAGCAUUUUAUUUUUAUACUCAUGCAGACUAUUUAUAAGUUAGAUUUUUGGAGAUAUGUGAACAAAUAUUCAAAGUCAGAUUUAACAAUUUAACAAGCAAUACAUAAUUGAAAAUCUGCAGAAGUUCAUCAACCAGUGACACUAGUGAGCCAAGGAUAUCCUUGUACACUGAAACAAAUGAUAUUACAUUUUCAUAAGGUAACUUUUUUUCUUUUAAGGUAAGUGGUUGCAAACAAUUUAUUUUAGCUACAUUAAAAAAAAUGUCUAUGUUGAAAGUUAGUCAACUAAAUGUAUUUAAAUGUAGCUAAAAUAAAUUUAUUGCAACCACUUUCCUUAAAAGAAAAAAGUCACAAUGACACAGAGAUUUUAAAAUCUUAGUAAAAAAGCAUGUUGAUUGUUUAUAAUUUAUCAUGAAUGAGUGAUCUUUGUCAAAUUCUCAUGUUUGUUUUUUUCAUAAUGUAUAUCACACAAACAGCUUACACUGCUGGUCAAUAGUUUUUUUUAAUGUUUUUGAAAUAAGUCUCUAAUGCUCCCCAAGGCUUAUUGUUAUUUGCACAUGAUCCAAAUAAGCACCAAAACCUGUUUUUGGUAUUGAUUAUAAUAAAAACCAUUAUUAAUAAUUGAGAAACAAUGGCAGCCUAAUUGAUAACAGACACAAAAUAGUAUUUUGAAAAUGAAACAAUAAUUUAUCGCAGUCUUGAAUUUUUGAUCAAAUAAAUACAGCCUUGUGGGCAUAAGACUUAUUUGAAAAAAUGUUUCAAACUUUUGACUGGUAGAAUAUACAUUUUUGCUUAUGUAAAGUCGGUGCUGUGAACAUUCUGAUUAUCAGUUGUGUACCGUUUGUACUACGCAAUUAAAUUACAUCAUGUUUUCAAAAUGGGAGCAACUUGAGGAGAAACUCCAAUUCGCAGUUUUAAUGAAAUUGUGCUCUUUUAAAGGUAGACUCCAUUAAAAUAUUACAUUUGA